CUCCCUGGCGGCGGGUGGCGGCUCUGCAGCGGGGCGGCCAUUUUGUGUCGCUGCGCGGUCGGUGUCGCUGCGCUGUUGGCGGAGCGGGGCGGCUCGGUGCCGUUCGGAACCUUUUCCCCGUCCGGAUCCGUCGGGUUAUCUCAACUUUUGGAGCCUCCUGAAGGAAAACACUUCUUUCAGUUGUACAGCAGCACUUGGAAUGCACAUGACUAUAUAAGCAGCGAGUUUCUUCCUGGGGAAUAAAAUCAGCAGUGUUGAUAUUACAAAAUGACAAAACAUCCUCCGAAUAGAAGAGGGAUCAACUUUGAGGUGGGAGCCCAGUUGGAAGCCCGUGACAGAUUAAAAAACUGGUAUCCAGCUCACAUUGAGGAAAUUGAUUAUGAGGAAGGAAAAGUACUUAUCCAUUUCAAACGGUGGAACCACAGAUAUGACGAAUGGUUUUGUUGGGACAGUCCUUAUUUACGUCCUUUAGAGAAAAUACAGUUAAGAAAAGAAGGAUUACAUGAGGAAGAAGAGUGUGCAGGUUUUAAUAUAAAUGAUCAGGUGUUGGCAUGCUGGUCGGACUGUCGCUUCUAUCCAGCCAAAGUCACUUCUGUUAACAAGGAUGGUACGUACACUGUGAAAUUUUAUGAUGGUGUAGUUCAGACUGUCAAAAACAUUCAUGUCAAAGCUUUCUCCAAAGAUCAGAAUCUUGUGGGUAAUGCUAAGCCUAAAGAAAGAGGUAAUGAAAUUCCGUCAUCUCCUGAAAAACGGGAGAAAUUUAAAGAACAGAGGAAAGCAACAGGUAAUGCAAAGAAAGACAAGGAUGAAAAGACAUUAAAGACUGAAAAAAGGGUUAAGCAACCUGAUAAAGAAGGGAAACUGAUAGUCGUUUCAGAAAAAGGCAAGGUCUCAGAGAAGAAUAUAUCUAAGAAUGGAAAAGAAGAUAAAGAGAAUAUAUCAGAGAAUGAUAUGGAAUAUUCAAUAGAUACACAAAUUGAGAAGAAGCCUGAGAAUGACAAUGUAAAGAGUCCACAGGAAAACGUAAAGGAAACUAAACGAAAACGUGGAAGACCACCAAUUACACCUCCAACAGAGCCUGGUUCUCAGACACUGCAGCCCAUAGCCUUGGAGUUAAGACGUCGGAAAAUACCAAAAGGAGGUGAAGUUCCUUCAAAGCGUUCCAGGAUAGACAGAAACUUGUCUCAGGAAAAAUUGAAGAAUUCCUCAGAUAACCAUGAAAAAGACCCAAUUAGGAGGCGAUCUUCAAGACUCUCGUCAGGUGUUAGCCAUGAGAUUUUACAUACAGAUCAUGUCGCAACUUCAGCGGAAGUUCAGACAUUGAAGGACACAGUGUCUAACCCGAAUGAGUCUGAGAAGGUCCAGUUAGAAGUUCCUGCUGAAUCUGACCAAAGUUUUGGUGAGCAAGCAUCUCCUGGGAACACAUCACAUAGCACGGUACUCAGUACGGAUGCCAGCUUACAAGAGGAAAACACUGAAGACACCGACUCUUCCUCUGUUAAUGUCAGAACUGAAGAACCCGCUGCUGCUGCUACAGUAACAAAACCUUUUAGGAGAUCAGAUUUUCUUGCAUCAAAAAAAGCUGCAACCGUUGAUCAAGACCACAAGUUUAAAUGCAAGUUCGUGGACUGUUCAAAGUCAUUCCGCAAAGCCAAGUUAUUGCAUUAUCACAUGAAAUAUUUCCACGGAGUGGACAAGUCUGCAGAAUCACAGCAGAACCCGGUAAAAAGGCACAUUCAAACCAGAGCUUCUUUGGCUUCUGAGAAAGCUAAUCAAGAAAGGUCAAAAAGAGGACGGAGCGCAGCUGGUUCAUUGUAUGCUCCUCUACGCAUAGCCCUGAGGAGUACCUCAUAUAGAGGUGAAAAAAUAGAAAAGAGAAGAACUUCUACAGCUGUAAAUCAAUUAAAUAGUCACCGAUACUCUGUUAGAGAGCAAACCAAGGAGAACCACGUAGUGAGAUCGCUGCGGAAACCUCAGGAGAAGCGAAGAGGUGAAAAUGCUGCUAAAGAACAUGAGAAGAACAAAGAAAGAAAAUCCAAGGACUAUGGAAGAUCCAAGGCAAAGAAGAAGAAAAAAAAGAAAAAGAGAACUAAGCCUGAUUACUCUGCUGGUGAAGAAAACACAGAUAUUUCACAGGAACUUUCUCCUGAGAAGUCAGUUGUCACAAAAAGUAUUUCUUCAAAUAAAUCAUCUGCCCACCCCAGCACGUUGCUGCAGUGCUCUGAGUCUGGACACCACCGAGGAAAAUCAAAGACAAAUGAGGAAGACACCAUGAGUGAGUCAUCAAUGGACAGCUUACUGUGGAGCGACGACGACUGCAGUCAGGAUGUUGAUGUAACCACAAAUCCUGACGAAGAAGCUGGAGAAAGUGACUUUGAGAUUGUUCGAUGUGUUUGUGAAGUAAAAGAAGAAAAUGACUUCAUGAUUCAGUGUGAAGAGUGUUUGUGCUGGCAGCACGGAGUCUGUAUGGGCUUACUGGAAGAUAACGUACCUGAGAAAUACACCUGCUAUAUUUGCCAAGAUCCUCCAGGUCAGAGGUCCAGCUUAAAGUACUGGUAUGAGAAGGAGUGGCUGAGUAAUGGCCACAUGCAUGGCUUAGCGUUCUUGGAAGAAAAUUACUCCCACCAGAAUGCCAAGAAGAUAGUAGCCACUCACCAGCUUCUUGGCGAUGUACAGAGAGUGAUAGAAGUACUGCAUGGACUGCAGCUGAAGAUGAGCAUACUGAAAAAUAAAGAACAUCCUGACCUAAAGCUCUGGUGCCAUCCAUGGAAACACAUUACAGUGGAUGAAAAAAUCCAUACAAAACACAUCAUUCACAUUGAAGAAAACUGUUGCAAAGAGGAGACGACGAGUUAUAGAACUUGGAACGGGACAGCUGAGAAACCCUCAGCCAUUCCUUCUGUGGAGGAAUCUUACAUCACGAGUGAACACUGUUACCAGAAACCUCGGGCCUACUACCCUGCUAUCGAGCAGAGGUUGGUGGUGGAAACGAGAAGCUCAGCCAUGGAUGAGGGUGUAAAUAGAAUAAGGGAGAACGGGGAUGACGUCCUGUCGGAGAGGCUCGGGUGGAAUCUGGAUCGAGAGAUAUGUAAAAUGGAAAAUGAAUCCAAACACAAUUACUCCAAGGUAAGAGAGCCUGCGUCUAAGAAAGCCUCUCCAGAGGAAGCUAUUGAAAUGAAACUGCUGGAAAAGGACAAAGAAGGAGUUGUGAACUCACAGCUGCAGUGGCAGCUUAAUCUUUUAGCUCAUGUGGAAUCUCUGCAGGAUGAAGUCAUACACAGAAUGGAUUUCAUUGAGAAGGAGCUGGAUGUUCUGGAGAGCUGGCUGGAUUACACGGGGGAGUUGGAGCCGCCUGAGCCGCUCGCCCGCCUCCCACAGCUGAAGCACUGCAUAAAGCAGCUGAUCACGGACCUCAGCAAGGUGCAGCAGAUCGCGCUGUGCUGCUCCACGUGAGACUGGAGAGCGCUGGGACUGCUACAAAGCGCGGCGUUGGAGCGUCAUGGGAGAGCUCUGUGUGUUUCAGUGGAGUUGGCAAUGCUGGCUGCAUGUGGUGCGGAUUGACUUCAGGGAUUGGUGAAGAGGCGCUGUUCAAAGGACAGCCAAAAGGUUAUUUUAUCUCAUAAUUCCGGGGUUACUGGGCAAUUGUGACGAUACGGAAGAGGUUAAUGCUGUUGUCUUCAAAGGUUGGGUGUCGGUUGAUUAAAUUAUACUCCAAGUUUCACUCCUUACAAGUUGCUCGUGGAAGCGGUAGACUUCUCAUAAUAGAAUUGACUCCAGUUGUGCCACUAAAGAACGGAGUUCUGAGAGCCAAAAAUGUCCUGUUGACAGAGGUUGUAGAUAACUUUGCAUAGUUUCAGUGACUUGUGUCAUGUUUUACUCCUCCUGGUUUAUGCGUAAUGCACACGGUAUUUAAUCAUUAGGAAAUGUAAUAAUGUUUUUCAGACCUACCAAGUAUGAACGCGCAGCUCCCAGCUCUGGGCUGCCACAUGGAGGGAUGAGAGGAGCCCAAGCUGCGUCUGCCACAGCGAGUGGGGCAGCAGGAGGCUGUGGGGUAGUGGGAGGCUGUGGGGCAGGGUGGCACAUUCACGAUGAGGGAUUUUUCAGCUGCUGGCCGUGUCGCUCACACGGUGCUGUGGGGCUGACCCUCCUGCUGAGCUCUGUGCUGUGGGGCUGUGCUGCACGGCAGAGGGGCGAGGGCUGCCAUGGGCGUCGUGGGGCCUUCUCCCAUUUGUUAAUAGUUGCCAUUCCGGUUCUGUUUUGAAAUGUAGACCUUUUCAGCACUCAGAACGUGUUCAUUGUAAAGACUUGCUAUGAAUGUGCGGUUUUGGGAAUCAGUUUUUUUAUAUUCGUGUAAAUAAAGCCUCAAUCUAUGCAUGAGGUACUGUCCUGAGAGGCAGUGAGUGGGUUGUUAUCUUAACGGUGUGUGUUCACGACUUCCCUUUUCUACCUUAUGUUUUAAUGUCCUGGGUUGUAUUACUCUAUGAAGCGAGGGGAAGGUGCUGUGUGGAUUCAGGUGCGUUGUGCUGCCCUUGAUGCAGUGCUGUGCAUUGCUGUGCUGUACCAGGGGCACCAGGAGCCUUUCUGCUGUGGAUCAGUGCUCCGUCAGCAGCACCGCAGCUUCACUUUCCUUCCCAAGCACAGCUGGGGUCACUGUACAGAACAGUGAAGGUGUUUUUCCAUGGUGAGGGUGCCCUGAAAGAGCUGCGCUGUGUGAUGGUAGCGAUGAGGUGGGAUUGAAGCUGCUCUUCAUGGGGAGUUUUAAUCAGUCCCUGUGGAAGAUGGAGGCUUUUAGGGCUCCUCUGGGCAGUCACUGCAGCUUUGUGCCAAGUCAUGUCAGGGAAUAGUUAGUCUCUGUUUCACAGUACAGAUUGGUGCAGUAGAACAGUACGCAGCAGAGCAGUGAACUACUGUAGCGCAGUUGGAAUAAAGCCUAUGAGGUGUCCAAGUCUCACGUCACCCUCUGAAGGUGAAGCACAGCGCUGGGCUCUCCCAGCUGCCAUAGGGCAGAGCAGCAUGGGCAGGAGGGCUGUGAGUGGCUGUGGGGCUGUCAGGAGAAGGGCAGGGAAGGGGAACCCCUGUCUGAGAGUUGCAGCGGGUCUGGGGGACGAGCAUCACUGCAGCCCCAUGGCUCUGCUUGGGGCGGUUUUGGAGCUGAGCUUCUUUCCCAGCAGCUGCUUUCUGUGCAUUCAUUGUCAGUGGUGGCUGCACAGUUGGUUUUUGCUUAGGGCAGCAUUGAGGAGACGGGAGAGAGCGGCUCUGCUGCUGUACUGGCUGUGAGGACGCACAUCCUGGGCUGGUUGUCCUGCAGCACAAACAGGGGAAAAGCCCUCGCAGGGAAAGACUGGUAGUAUUUCUUGGCAGUAUCCUGGCACUUCUCACGUUCAGGACAGGUUCUCCAUUGUGCUUUGGGUUCAUCUUGUCCCCAUUUUUGUCAGUUUUCACAUCGUUAUUUCAUACCCUGGGCCGUUGGUUGGGCCUGGCGGGUCACUUUGUGUUCUCAGUCACUGGUCAAUGAACGCGGCGCGGAGCCUCGAUGAGAUGAGCAAACAUUGCACUGUGGAUGCGUAUUUGUCUUUGUUGAUGCACUAUUAGAGCUGAGGGGCUGUAAAUAGGAUUUUGCUUCGGAGCAAUAUUUGCAAAACUUGAAAACUUGUGUAUCUCAAUGUUUGGAAUCAAUAAAUAGGCUCUGUUGGUUAACUCGUA